ACCUCUCAGCCUCGCCCUGGAUUCUGAUGCUUUCUUCCAUCGUCUGGUCUUUGCCACUCGUCAGAGUCGGCAGUGAGACUUUGUGUGCCUGUGGUGUGGGUGAGCGUUUUCGAAUUGGGUCCCAUGGCUCCACUCAAGCUUAUCGAUAUUGGAGCCAAUCUUACAGAUGGCAUGUUUGCGGGUUGGUACCAUGGCAAGCAGUGCCAUUCCCCAGAUCUAGUUCAUGUAUUGCAGCGAGCUUGGGAUGCAGGACUUACCCGUAUCAUCGUGACAGGAGGAUCUUUGAAGGAGUCGAAGGAGGCCCUGUCUUUAGCCGACUCUGAUGGCCGUCUAUUCUGUACAGUUGGAGUGCACCCGACCAGAUGCACGGAAUUUGAGAAGAGUGGGGACUCAGAGAAGCAUUUGCAGGAACUUCUGCAACUUACAACUUAUGGUGUUGCCAGAGGAAAGGUUGUAGCAGUUGGUGAGUGUGGCUUGGAUUAUGAUCGUCUCCAAUUUUGUCCUGCUGAUACUCAGCGCCGUUAUUUUGAGAGACAAUUUGAGAUCGCUGAGAUAACAAAAUUACCCAUGUUCUUUCACAUGAGAUCUGCAGCUCCCGACUUUUUAGAAAUUGUGAAACGCAAUCAACACAGAUUUACCGCAGGUGUGGUGCAUUCUUUCACCGGAACUAGCGAAGAAAGAGACCAACUACUAGCUAUUCCCAACCUUUACAUAGGCAUCAAUGGCUGCUCAUUGAAGACAGCAGAGAACCUCGAAGUGAUGGCUGGAAUUCCAGUGGAGAGGAUGAUGAUUGAAACUGAUUCUCCUUACUGUGACAUCAAGAAUACUCAUGCUGGAAUCAAGCAUGUUAAAACUACUUGGCCCUCAAAAAAAAAGGAGAAACAUGACAUUCAUUCGCUCGUGAAAAGUCGAAACGAGCCUUGUCAAAUCAGGCAAGUACUGGAAGUGAUAGCAGCUUAUCGAAAAGAGCAAGAUGUUGGAGGUUUUGCACGAGCCAUUUAUGAAAAUACGUGCAGGAUAUUCUUUCCUCAUGAUAUUGACACUAUGGCAGAUGUAGUCCUUUCUGCUAACAAUUGAAGAACUACUACCCAAUUCAGCAAAUAGAUUCUGAAGCAAUUAGAUUUUUGAAAAUGAAAUGUAUGCAUCAUGAUGCUCAACCUUAGGCAAAAUGCCAGCUUUUUUGACUA